AUGAGGUGUAAGAAACAUAUCACAGACUUCACCAGCACCGUCGGCGUCUGCUCCACCUGUCUAAGGGAACGCCUCGUACUCUUAAUUGCAGCCCAAGCCCAAACCCAAGCCCAAUUAACCAGAGUCACCUCACGAGCUUCCGAUGAAUCUUCUAGAAACUCCGAAACCAAUCCUCCACCACCGCUAAUAUUUCCGCGCUCGGUUUCGCCUUAUGUCUCUCGCCGGAAAUCAGAUUACACGCCAGCAUGGAACGGUCAUGACCGCCGUGAGAGGCUGUUUUACAGCACACCACAGCUUGCUCCGACCUUUUAUGGAGGUUGCACUGUGAAUUCCAACGCUAGGUCGUUGAAGAAGCGGUUGAGCAAGUUUUGGAUUUUCUCGAAUCUGUUUAAAUCCAGAUCGGAGAAAUUCCAAUCUGAUCCAUCGUGUGAAGAACCUUCUUCAUCAGAAUCGCCGUCGUGGUUCUCUUCGAUUUUACCUCCUCGUCGGAAGAAUAAGAACCGGACUGCUAAUACGACGGAGGAAUUUCCCGUCGGAGCAAGGAGGCGAUACCGUCAAUCGGAUCGUGGAAUGUCACCAGUGAGAACAGAGGAAUUCACUGAUGAAUGCGAUCAGUGUCCGUCUGGUAGUGGUUACUCGUCGGAGUCUUCUCCGUGGUGGAAGAAAACGCCAUCAGCAAAUGUUCCUUCGUCACGGCGUUCACGCCUUGGGCAUGGGAAGAGCGCGUCAGGUUCGGGUAUUUUUUGCAUGAGUCCUCUAGUUCGGGCCAGUCCGAACCGGAGGUGGAACAACAAGGGAUUACCGCCGGAGAUGGCUGCGGCAGCGGACGUUAGGACUACGGCGGUGAAGCCACACCUCUCCGCAGCGGCGUCGUUUUGUGCGAAUCGUUCCAGAAAACUUGCAGAUUUUGGAAGAGUCAGCCAUAACCGUUGA